AUGUUCAUCCCAACCCUGACAGAGUCGCUGCUCGCCCUUCCGGUGCUCUUCACUGUCUAUAGCAUUGGCCUUGUCGUCUAUCGACUCUACGUGCACCCUCUUGCGAAAUUCCCCGGACCCAAACUUGCUGCAGCGACAAGAUGGUACGAGUUUUACUUUGAUAUAUUAAAAGGGUCGGGUGGCCAGUUCAUGUACGAGACCGACCGACUCCACGAGAUAUACGGACCGAUUGUGAGAAUCAAUCCUGAUGAGCUGCACAUCAACGAUCCCGAAUUCUACGAUACCAUAUACCGUGCUGGGGCUGCGAUAAGGGACAAGUUCCCCCCAUCAUGCCUUUUUGCAGGAACACCACAAGGAACUUUUGGCACCGUCAAACACGAAGUCCAUCGCGGCCGGAAAGCACCACUCGCCGUCUACUUUUCCCGGCGCGUAUACCGCACCGCAGAGCCGAUUCUCCGAAGUCAAAUCGACUCCUUUUGCGAGCGCUUUGCCAAUGCCUCCCACAAAGGGGAAGUGAGGGAUGUCCGUGUCGACUACCUCUCCACCGCCACUGAGAUUGUCUCUCUGUACGCUUUCGGCCAUACCAUUGGCCUCCACCACUCUGCCGAGGAAGCACAUGACUGGUUGCUGACAGUCAAGGCCAUCGCAGCCGUGUCUCCAUUCUUCAAGCAGUAUCCCUACGUAGCGCAGUGGCUGCUUCCGUGCCCAGAAUGGCUCGUCGCGAUCCUAUACCCCGUAUUCGCACCCUCAAUCCGUCUACAUGGUAGAAUGAAGCGCGAAGCCGUCGAAGCAUGCAAACGCGUCGCUGAAUUGGAAGCUGCAUCCGGCAAAGCCCCCAUCUGGGACGGCAGCCCGGAGACACGUCCCGCCACCGUCUUCGAAUGCAUUCUCCACUCCUCCCUCCCACCUUCUGAAAAAUCCGUCACCCGUCUCGACCACGACGCCUUCACCGCCAUCUUCGGCGGCGGCGACCCUGCAGCCCGCACAAUAACAAACUGCACCUUCUACCUCCUCACCAACCCCCGAGUCCUAAAGAAACUGCAAGCAGAGCUCGACGCCGCAAUCCCCGACCCCAACGCCAUGCCCGAAAUGCAACUCUUCGAAGACCUCCCCUACCUCAACGCCGUCAUGAAAGAGACGCUUCGCUUCCAGGCAAUAUCCACCUCCCGCCUCGAAGUCGUGUGUCCCACCGAAACCCUGCGCUACAAAGACUGGGUCAUUGCUCCCGGCACCCCCGUCGGCAUGUCCCUCCGUCACCUCCUGCACGACCCCGUCUUCUACCCCAACCCGCACACGUUCGACCCCUCGCGCUGGCUCGAUGCAAACGGCAAGAUCAACCCAACAAAAGACAAGUACUAUGUUCCGUUCCACAGGGGCCAUCGAAUGUGCUUGGGGUAUAAUUUUGCGACGACGAUGAUGCUCAUGACUAUGGCGGCGGUGGUAAGGAGGUUCGAGCUGGAGUUGGUGGAUACGAUAUAUGAGCGCGACGUGAAGAUUGUGAGGGAUUGCUUUAUUGGGGAGGUGGAGCCGGAUACUAAGGGGGUGAAGGUCAGGAUUGUGAAGGUGAGGGAGUAA